UAGUCAGUCUCAACCUUAGUUGGCACGAGUUAUCACGGUUAAAACGGUAUUAUUGGAACGAAUAAUGAAACAUCAGAUACUUUGUUCUUCUUUUCGAACAAUCGAGUUUUAAGUGUAAAUUCUUAUCUCCGACUAUAUGCAGUACAGCGCGUUUGUCUUAUCAUAAUUGAUCUUCUGAGAAUUUGGUAUAGCCAAGCCCAUGAAAGCUUAGGUAUCUGCUGUAUUGAAGUGUUUAAUACUGGUAAAAAAGGAAACAGACUGAGCUUCGUCCUAAAAUGGAGCUGCAACAUCAAAUAUAUUUAUUAGCAGCAAUUUUCGGUGGUAUCUGCGUACUUCUACUGGUUUUAAUUGUGGUGCUGGCAAUAUAUGCAUUCAAUCUGAAGAAAUCGAUGACAAAAUCUACAGAACCUGAAAGAAAGUUUGAAAACUAUGGGUUUGAACCUGACAUGCCUGUCCACAACAUUACGGAUGAUCUACGGUCUACGAAAUCUCAAAAUAUUCGACGUCUGCCAAGUAAAAGCAAUUUGUCAAAACCACGCAACGAUGAUGUUCACACCAAUGCUCGGCGCUCCGAUAAGCGUUCGACCGGCGGUAAAGGACGUGAUGAUCGGAAGCACCAGCACUCCGAAAGUGGCGAUACUUCGGGACGGGAUUUCGAUAGCGCUUUCGACAACGAGAUCAACAAUAUGUUCGACAUCGACGACGACGAUGAUGACCAGGACAGUGUGAUCAGUCAGAGAAAUUCUCGCUACAAUCAUCAAGGUCGUCAAAAAACGUCAGCUCCCCCGCCGCCCUCGUCCGGCGGAAUGGCACCGAGCCGAGUAAAUCGCGGCAGAAAUUCAGGACACCAUGAUAAUCAGCAGCAUCAGCAGCAAGGCCGACCGAUGAGAGGACAAGGCUAUCCGGGUUCAGGGUUCAAUUCGGGCAAUCCUCACGAGGGAAAAACUUACUUCAAUGAACGGGGUAUGUAUUAGACACGGGGAUACUAAUAAUACAAGUUAAUAGAUAAUAAAUAACUAAAAUGACA